AUGUGUUUUUUUGGUGUGACUGAUGAGAACGUAUCAUCAAAGAUUAAAGUUCGGAGAGAGAUUCUGGAUCUUCAAGCGAAAGUUGUAGAGUGGCAGGGAAAAUACUCAGAGUCUGAAAGCUAUGUUGUUCAAUCGCUAGACUUGCACAGAGAGAUCGAAUGUUGCAAACAAUUGCUUGAUGACAGUCAAUGUGAACUCGAGCAGCAAAGAUUGAAAUACGAGAUAGCUUUAUCGGAAAAUUGUGUCCUGAUACAAUGUGCUUUCGAGUAUGCAGAGCUUCUCGUUCGCGACCUUCGAAAGCUAGAAGCUUACAUAAAGUCACAAGUAUUGGUUGUUCAAGAUGAAAGGCAUAAUAACAAGACGAAUGACGCCCCGUAUAAAUCACACCUGAAGACGAUCGAGGAAAGAGAUCAAGCUCAGUACAGGGCAGCCGAACGUGCUAUCAAUCUUCUCAACAUAGAGCAAGCCAAAGGUUUACAGCAACUUCAGGAAGCAGAUUCGAGGAUCUCCGAGCUCUUGAGGUUCCAGCAUGCCUUGCAGGGAGACCUCCAGGAAGCUCGUGAGCUGAUAGCUCAACUUCAGAAUGAAGUGAAAGUUUCCCAAGACAAGGUAAAAGAGAAGGAGCACAUGGUAGAGGUCUUGAGGAGGCAGCUUCAUGGGUCGUCGGUCAAGGGUGCACGAUGCGGGCUCACUGACAGAGCAGAGAUCAUCCGAGGGCUUGAGAGUCAGCUCAAGGUGGCGAGGGAGGAGAGUCCGUGGUUGCCCAUGAUCAACUUCGACGAGCUGCUCUUCGGCAAGGCCUCGGCCCUGGUACACUCGGGGUCUUCCCUCAAAGUAGCAGAGCCCUUGGCGAUCCCCAAACAUAAAGGAAGCGGCCAGGAGGGGGAUGGGAGUAUCUUGGGGUGUAGCGACUUCACGCUUGUCUCUCUGAGGGAGCACAACUCGUACUUGCAAGGAAAGGUCAAGGCGCAGGAGGUUCUAAUUGCUGAACUCAACGCCAGAUUAGGGCUUCCGGCCAAGAGCAACUAA